AACAUUACACCCACAGACAUCCACAACAGUCGUGCCUGUGUUCUUCGGAGACUGUGAAACUCGGCUUCCGCCCGACCCCACCGAACGCUCCGAAGGGGAAUAGCCGCUGGGCCAACAGAGGGCGCCAAGCGGGCCGCAGCGACCCAGAGUCGCGUCAUGGCCACCGCGCGGGUGCAGCUGCUCCUGUCCGGGCGUCUGGAGUCGGUGAGCUUCGCACAGAGUGUGUGUGGCCUCCUGGGCGCUGGGUCAGGGCCCGGGCCGUGGUCCGCGCACUGCAGCCUGCAGCGAGGACGCAUCGUACUCUCGGACAGGCCAUUCCCUGGCGCUUCGGCUCGGCUUCCGCUCCAGCGUCCCGCUUUCUGCCCUUUUGCGGCCCUUGACCAGCAGCCCAGGAUGCCCAAGGCCGAACUGCCCGCAGAUCGAGGUGUAGAUCUGGGCGUAGCCGUCAUUCUGCAGUCCAGCGACAAAACUGUUUUGUUAACCCGAAGGACUAGCACCCUCCGCAUUUCCCCCAACCUCUGGGUACCUCCAGGUGGGCAUGUGGAACUCCAUGAAGAGCUGCUGGACGGAGGGCUUCGAGAACUUUGGGAAGAAAGUGGACUACAGCUGUCCCAGAGCCAUUUGUCUUGGGUCCCUCUGGGGUUAUGGGAGUCUGCCUACCCUCCUAGACUGAGCUGGGGUUUCCCCAAAUACCAUCACAUCAUUCUGUAUCUACUUGUGAUCUCCCAGGAGUCACAGCAGCAGCUGCAGGCCCAGAUCCAACCAAACCCAAGUGAGGUGAGCGCCUUUACGUGGCUGGGACCAGAUGUUGUAGCUGCAGUAGCUGCCACUGAGGAUGGGACAGACAUACCCAGACUUCCCCCCAAGGAUCUACCGCCUUCUGUCCUUGCAGUGGAAUUAGAGGAUGGAAGAGCCCAACCUUUGGUCCUGCCCAUGUCCACACUGCUGCGGACGACUCCAGCCACAGCAGAGGGUGAAGAGAGAAUCAGCAUAGGAACCAAGUUUGCCCUCAGGCUCUGGCUGCAACAUCUGGGCAAGUGGAGUAUAACACCCCCACCAUGUGAAAGCAGAGCUCAUGUGGACUCCAGGCCAGCAAAAGAAAAACAGAACAUGGACCCUCUUCUCCCAAACCAGGGGCCUGGGAAAUGAAGUGCAUAAUCCCUUCCCU